GUUUCAGUGGUUCGGUCGGUCCGCUUUUGCGUAACACAAUUUGUGCGUGGCACAAACAUGGAUACCUAUUACUGUGUUGUUUUAGCCUUAUUUUUUAGAAUUUAUGCAAUAGCUUUUCCACUGGUCCAAUCACAAGGAUUACCAUGGACUAUGGACAAGAAUUCUCAUUUUUUUGACUACCAAACAACAACAAGUUUGAAAGAUCCUUCAUCCAAUUCUGAUUCAGUAAUAGGAUUCGGUUUACAAUGUCAGAUUGAAAUGUGCCCUUUGUGGACAGCAGCUGAUUCGACACUUUUGAAGAUAUCCCUUUCAAACCCGAAAUUAUCCAGUUUAUCUAAAGCAGAUUCAAGCAGAUCGCUUAAUUCGAUAACAAAAUAUCCUGUAUUCUCCUUGUGGCAUCACGGAAGGAUGACUCGCUUGUUUGGUGCAAAAGAGGAUUCAAGACUUAGCUUAAAUUUAAAGAGAGGGAUAUUGUCUUUAAUUCAAAGUACAGAACAAACAGAUUCAAGUGUAACUGAUGUGCGUGGCUCUUGUUUCUAUGAUUAUUUGAACAAAGGCGAAGAACUUAUUAAGACGUCAAAAAACUGCACCACCGGUAGCAAGGCACAAGAAUUUAAGAAUAUUCAUAAGUUGUUUGAUAUUACAACAAAAAGAGAAUUUUCCUCUGCUUUCAAAUUUACAAAUGAAAAAGAACUUAUUCAAGUUUCUUCUAAUGAAAAUUAUGAAUCUUUUACAAACUUGAUAUCUAGCGUAUCUAGUCAAGUCGUUGUUAAGCAAGAUUUAAAAAUAAUCAAUAAGAAACCUUUUGGAGGGCAGAUUAAUGUUAAGACUAUUAAUGAGGCUUUAAAACACUUAAAUAAGAAAUUUCUAGUAACUGAAGAAUCAAUCGAAGCGGAUAUUGAAAACGUAGAAAAAUCAGAGACUCUAUCUGAAGUUGUAGGAAAGCUAAAACAAGAAUUUAAGCAUAUGGCAACGGUAAAAUCGGCUUCAGCUUUCGGUACUUUAGUUCAAAUACUGAGACUUUCAACACAGGAAGAGAUCACGAAUUUAAUUACUAAUGAAAAACAUAAAGAUAUUAGAGAUAUUUUAGUGGACGCUUGCUCAGCAGCUCAAACUAAAGAAUCCUUAAAUGCCGUACUCCAAAUUGUUGAGUUGAAUGAUCCUAUUUUAGCUGAGCGCUUUCUUUUAGCAAUAGCAUUUUCUACACACCCUAGUGAAGACCUUUUAGAUAUUCUCCUAAAAUUUUUUUUAUCAAAUGUUCAAGAUGAAAAAAUUAAGGAAAGUAUUGCGGGGGCUUUAGGAGCUGUGUUAUAUACAUACAGUAGCAAUUCACAGAAAGUCUCUAAAAAAACGAGGGAAAUUUUACAAAUAUUUGAAGAUCGUUUAAAGAAUUGUCAAGAUGUUUCAUGUACACUCAUUAUUAUAAGAGCAUUAGGAAAUGCAGGCCAGAAAUCUUCUAUUCCAGUUUUAUUGAACCUAGCAAGUUCCCAUAAGUCACUAGAUGUAAAUGAAGCUGCUUUAAAAGCUCUCAGGAAGAUGAAAGAAUUAAACGAAAAGGACUUGAGCAUAUUGAGUGAUAUUUACCAUCAACAAUCAAGAGGUUAUGAUACAGCCGUUAGAUCAAAAGCUCUUCGGUAUUUGAUUAAAAAUAAUAUAUCGUAUGAAGAUGUCCUAAAAAUAAUUCAAAGUCUAAAUGAUCCAUAUAACACUGAAUUGGCCACUUUUACAAAGGCACUUCUGUUUGACAAAAGUUCAAACAAUGAUAAUUUAGGAAAACUUAUAAGUAAAGCUUUGAAGAAUUCCCCUCGAAUAAAUACUUACGAUGGGUUAGCUACUAAAGGAAAGUCUCUAUCAUUUCAUAAUUUCUUAGCAAGAUCCGAAACAUUUGAUUCAGUGUAUGAUAUGUAUGUUGAAAAUACCAGAACAGGCGUGAUGAAAAGAUCAGGAAUGGAUGUUGAUUUGAACGGUAACUCAAUAUAUUCCUUUGGCUUAUUUUCAGCUGGAGUGGAAAGCUUGUUAGGAGAAGAAUCUGAUGAUGACUCAGUUGUUACCGCUGGAUUGGCACUUGAUAUGCUUGGAGUUGCUUUUCGACCAAUCACAUUCUUUACAGGUCGGAGUGGUUUAAUGUCGGCUGUUUGGAGCGCACCAUCUUCUAUGACUUCUGCUCUGCAAGCAAACAUGCUUUUGCAGGAUAGGAGAGAAUUUAUAAAACUAAGCAAUGGUAUUGUUGUCAUUUAUGAUGUUAUGGGGUCAAUAUCUAUGGAUUUAUCUGGCCUAAUUUCAAUUUCUUUAUGGAACAAAAAUGCCCAUACUGAAAUCAUGAACACUGGUGCAUAUUCAUUGCAUUCAACUUUUCAGAUAGCUUCUCCAGUGUUUAGCAUGAUUGAACAUAAAUUAGAAGCUACGGGCAUUAUCAAUUUCAAUUCAGAUGUUGACUUUUAUGAAAAACUAAAAAGUUGUUUGCAAAUGUCAAGACCUACAGUUAAUAUUAAGCAUGUGAGUACCACACGUGAAAAAAUAAGAGGCUUAAAGGGAUACACUCACAGAAGGAAGAGAGAAUUAGUUUCACCUGGAGUCUCUUAUCCAUUACCAAAGAAAAAUAAUGAUAUGUGCAGAGAAAUGAUGAAAGAUAAAAAUUAA